AUGGGCGGGCUCUUCUCGCGACCAGUGGGCGACGGUGAACUGCGUACGACGCUCUGCCCCGCCCGCCGUUUUUGCUCUCUAUCACCUCUUUUGCCCGCUUUCCGCUCUCUUCCCCGAAACGCCACCAGUUCCAGUGCCACCACCAAUCGCGCUAUCACCGCAAGAACCGAUCUAGAGUGGUUCAACGCGCUACUCCACUCAACUGGUGCUAUCCAUUUUAUUCUCCGCUCACGAAAUCACUCAUUGCCCCCUUCUCUCCCCAACCCCCUAUUUCUCUUCCUCCUUCCCCCCUCGCGCGCGCCAGACCCCGUGUACCCGACGGUGCGGGCGGCGGGGGAGGGGGAGCGCGGGCGGGGGUGGGUGCGCGAGUACGCGUUCGAGGACGCGCUGCACGCCACGGAGGGCUUCAAGGCGCUCGCAGGGCGCGGCCCGUUCGGGUUCGUGUACAAGGGCUUCAUGUGGGCGCACGCCGCGCGCGCGGAGGGGGACGGCACAGAGGGGGAGGGCGCAGAGGGCGCGGGCGCGCGCGCGCUGAUCCCGGUGGCGGUGAAGGUGCUGAACGGCGACCCCGUCACAGGCGUGGGGGGGCUGGCGACCUUCGCGCACGAGUGCGCGCUGGUGGAGGAGGAGGGGCGGCACGCCAGCCUGCUGCGCGUGCACGGGUAUGUGGCGCAGCGGCCGCCCAUCAUCAUCUGUGACUUCAUUGAAGGCGGCACUGUGGAGCAACUCAUGGCACGAGGUGCGUGGAGCAGCUCAUGGCACGAGGUGCGUGGAGCAGCUCAUGGCACGAGGUGCGUGGAGCAACUCAUGGCACGAGGUGCGUGGAGCAGCUCAUGGCACGAGGUGCGUGGAGUAGCUCAUGGCACGAGGUGCGUGGAGCAGCUCAUGGCACGAGUGGCGCGGGGAGAGGUGCAGUUCGGGUGGAGGGAGAGAGUGCAGAUGGCGUUCACAUGUGCGGACGUGUUAGCUCAGCUGCACCGACUCAACCUCGUGCACCGCAACUUCAAAGCCUCCAACGUGCUGCUGCAACCCGACGGCACGCCAGUGGUGGCGGACUAUGGGUUGGCGCGGGUGGUGGCGGAUUGGAAGAUGCACGUGCAGAUGAGGGGCGCCUCCUCCAUGUCCUACAUCGACCCCGCCUACUUCGACUCCGGCACGUUGACGCGUCUAUCAGACACGUACGCGUUUGGCAUCUUCCUGCUCGAGCUCGUGUCGGGGGCAUCAGCGCAGGGCCCGCGCUUCAAGGCCGUGCGCAAGGCCGUGGCCGUGGCGCGCGAAGCAGACCCCGCGCAGGUGCUGGACCCGGCGCUGGCGGGGCAGUGGCAGCCCGCUGCCAGCGCCAUCGUGCUGGCGACCAUCCGCUCCGCCAUCCUGUACGAGCGCGACAACCGCCCCGACAUGGCCAUUCCCGCCACCAUGCCACUCUCCGCUCUCUCCGUCGCCCGCCCCCUCGUACCUGCCGCGGCUGCUUCCCCCGCAAGCGCCGCUCCUCCAGCGCGCGUUCAGUCCUGCGCUCUCCUCGCUAGUGACCGCCGCCUGCCCGCAUUUUUCCCGCUGCGCGCAGCAUUGCAUGCGCGCACAGCCCUCGCUAGCGCCCUCUCCCCCCACGACCAUGGAUGCACGUCGGGCCCACGCGGUCGCCGCCAGCGCGCGGCGCAGCAAGCCACUCAAGCAGCUCUCGCCGAUGGCCGCACGCUGCUGGAGGUGGAGUUCCCCACGGCCAGCCUUGACUCCGUGCCAGGCGAUGCGGAGGGCGGGAUAGAGAUGACCAACAGCAUGCGAAUGCUGCGCCAGUACUGCCUCAUGUUCGCCUCAAAAGGCCCCCCGCCCUCCUCCGUGCGCCUUUUCUUCCCGGACGCCAACGAGCUGCCGGCAGCGCAGGAGGUGUUUGAGGGCACGGCGUUCCCCCUGGACUGCCUGACCAAGCCCACGGGGCUGGAGGACAUCGGCUUCUCGCGCAAGCUGCCCCUCGCUGACCGCGUGGCCGCCACCGACCGCCUCUUUGUGGCGGCCUACCCCUACUUCAACGUCAACGGUGCAUGCUGCCCCGCUCACACGGGCCACUCUGCUGUGCUGCACUGCGAGCUCGCAGCAUGCCCUGUGCCCCUUUCAUACCUGGAAGCUUAUCACUCCUUGCUGCUGAUCUCAUGCCUUGCUGCCGUGUCCCCCACGUACCGUGGAACGACGACGGGAGCCAAGUUUCGAGUGACCCUGGGUCUGCCGGUGGCGGCGGUGGUGAACUGCGCGGACAACACGGGCGCGAAGAACCUCUUCAUCAUGUCGGUGUGCGGCAUCAAGGGCCGCCUCAAUCGCCUGCCGGCCGCCGCCGUGGGCGACAUGGUGAUGGCGACGGUCAAGAAGGGCAAGCCCGACCUGCGUAAAAAGGUGCUACCGGCGGUGAUCGUGCGGCAGCGCAAGCCGUGGCGCAGAAAGGACGGCGUCUUCAUGUACUUCGAAGACAAUGCGGGAGUCAUCGUGAACCCGAAAGGAGAAAUGAAAGGGUCGGCCAUCACGGGGCCGGUGGCCAAGGAGUGCGCGGAUCUCUGGCCUCGUGUCGCCAGCGCCGCCAACUCCAUCCACUGCUGCCGUCUCACCGUGCUGUGUGUGCCUCGUCUCCUCGUGCAGGCACUAGAGGGCGGUGGAAGUGGAGGGCAGCGGGCCACACUGCCAUUGCCCGCCGUCACGCAUCGCGCACCUGCGCACGUCUGCGGCGCUGAUGUCACCCGCAUGACCACUCCGCACGUCGCCGCGUUCCCCCACCCGCGCCACAUGCCCGCCCCGCGGAGUCGUCGCGCACCUAUCCGCACGCCUCUCCUGUGCGUGCUAUGCCUUGUCUGCCUCGUCCGCCUUCUUCCCGGCGCAGGCCUCUCGUCGCCCGUUCGCUCCUCGCCAUCGCAGCUGUCGCCCGCUCCCGCUCGUCGUCGCCUGACCCGAUUGCCCGCGCCUGAUCCCCCCUCGCAAUCCCUCGCCCCGUCGCCUGUGGUGGGGUGGGCGGCAGGCGAGGGAUGGGAGAGGGAUACGUGGCGCGAUCUGAGUGGCGAGUUCGAUGAGGAGGAGGACGAGGGAGGUGAGGGCAGCAGCCGACGGGGGAGAGAAGACGAGGGGGAGCAGGCGCAGGACAAGGGGCCUGUGGGGGGGAUAAGGGGGAAGGCGGGAGGGGGGGGCGCAGAGCAGGGGGCAGCGGGCGAGGCAGGGGAGGCGGGCGGGCGGGCGGGGCAGAAUGCGGGGAUGGGCGGGCGUGGUGGCGGGACGGCUGCCCCAGAGAGCUUGGCAGGAGCAGCGGAAGGGGCGAGUUGGGGCAGGCGGCCGUGGGAGGAGGGGCGCGCGGAGGGUGAAGCGUGGCGGGUGGAGGAGGCGUGGAGGGAGUGGGACCGAGUCGAAGGCCACAGCAGCAGCAGCGGUGGUGGCGGCAGCAGCUUCCAGGGCGAGGAGGCGAGUGACUGCUCGGUGCUGAAGCUGCCCCAUGUCACCGUGCAGGUCAUGGCGUCCUCAUCCCUGCCCGCGUGGCUGGAGGGUUUCUUCACAUGCCCCUGCGGCCUCACCUGCACGCUGUCGCGCAGUGAGGUGCUGGCGGCGCGCCCAGACGCCAUGCUGUACGAGGGGGGCGCGCCCAGGGGGGUGAGAGUCAAGGGCGACCCGCUGCUCGUGCACGUGGCCAUGGAGGCGGAGGGGGAGGGGGGAGAGGGGGAAGGGGGCGCGCAGGCGGGCAGUGGGGUGGAUGUGACGGUGGGGUAUGGCCCGGGUGCGGACGUGCAGUGCACGUAUGCCAGCAACCUGCUGCUCGCCGACCACAACCCCCUCAUCGCUGCCUCCAAGUCCCCCGCGCUUACCAUCUUCCAUGCCUCAUCACGCUACUCGCCCUGGCGAGCAGCAGCAGCGCCGCUGCUACUGGCGCACCCCCUCACACACCGCUUCGGCCUGCAGACGCCCCUCCCACUGCGCCGCUCCCUGCGCCGCGCCUUCCCCCGCUGCCAGUACUCGCACGCACCCAAGGGGGCAGGGGCGCAGGGCGCAGGGGCGCGGGGGCAGGCGCAGGUGCACGGGCAAGGGGGGACGGGGCCCCCUGGUGUAGGAUUGCAGGGUGGGGCCGUUGCACGGGGCACAUCAGCUGUGGGGCGCAGCGGAAGUGGGGGUUCAGUGGUGCAAGGGGAGGUAGGGGGGAAGGAGGGACAGGGGGAGAAGAAGGAGGGAGAGGGGAGUGCAGGGGGGGCGGAGGAGGGGGCAGGAUGGACGGCGAGGGAGCGGGAGAUGGCGGGCGUGGACGAGGUAGUUGGGGGUGGCUUGGGAGGUGGGGCGCGCGGGGGGCCGUAUGCAGGGUGGUGGGGGGAGCUGGCGUGUGCACAGUCGCACUUCCUCUUCUCCCUCGCCAUCGAGCGCCACCACCGCCCCGCCUACGUCACCGAGAAGUUCUUCCUGCCCCUCCUCGCAGGCAGUGUGCCGAUCUACUACGGGGCGCCAGACGUGGGAGAGUUUGCCCCACCGGAGUCGUUCAUGGAGGGCGGGGCGGAGAGCCAGGAGAGCAUAGUGCGGCGCGUGCACGCCAUGCGCAGCAACGCCACGGCAUACCUCUCCCUGCACGCCUGGCGCCGGUGCGGAGUGCUGGGGGGGCUGCAGCGAGCGCUGAGGAUGGGGUUUGACACUCUGCCGUGCCGCCUGUGCCAUCGCAUCAGCACCAUGGGGGGGCGCGCACACACCUCGCAACCUCGCUCUGCUGAAGAGGAUGCUGCUGCUGCUGGGGGUGAUGGAGAUGCCAUGAACUCGGUCACAACUGUGAUUUGA